UCAACAGUAGUGUCUAGCGUAAAACAUUAAACCAGUUUUCCUAAUUCAAAAAAAGAAAAACGAAAAUGAUAUCUCGUAACUUACUCAUUACGUUUAUUUUAUUUUUACUGGCCAAGAACGGUUUUGCCAACGAAAAAAAUACUUUCAAUUUCGAAAUUCGCCGGCAAAAAACACCCACCGAACAAUACAUAAACCAUGGACAUCAUUUUGGUCGCAAAUUUCAGGAAAUGAUGGAGAAGCCAGAGCCACGGAAUAACGAUUCCAUUGCUUUGUACAGGUUUUUGGACGACGAAUUUUAUGGUGAAAUAGUUAUUGGUCACCCUGGGCAAAAAUUGAACGUUGCAUUUGAUACAACAUGGAGUUAUUCAUGGGUGAUAUCCUCUAAAUGCAGUUCCAUCAAAUCAAUUGGAUGCUAUUUUCACAACAAAUAUGAUCAUUCCAAAUCAUCGGAAUAUAAAAAGGAUGGACGUCCCUUUGCAAUGGAUUUGGGCAGUUACAACCUAACUGGGUUUUAUUCUUACGAUAACAUUUCUAUAGCUCAUUCUAACGUGACUGGACAAUCUUUCGUCGAAAUGGUAUACGUACCCAAUCAGUUUGUUUUUAAUAAAGCAGAUGGUGUAAUGGGUUUAGGAUUAAAAACUGAUGAAAAUUAUGACCCCUUCUUCUACACUUUAUUGAAACAAAAGAAGAUCAAAAAUCCAAUUUUUUCGAUUUACUUAAACAGAGACCGGCAAUCCAAUCGCGGAGGUAAUGUUAUGUUAGGUUUUGUUGAUCUUAAACACGUCCACAAAGCCAAAGUGGGCAAAAAAAUCGUUUAUGACAAUUUCACUUAUUUACCGGUGGAAAAUUACGCUUAUUGGCAAUUUCAGAUGGAUCAAGUUGUUGUGAAAGUUGGCAAAGAUAAUAAUGUCGUAGUGUGUGAAAAAGGUUGUAAAGCUAUUGUGGACACUAGUUCUAAUGCUAUUAUAGGCCCUCAAGCCGAUAUCGAUCAAAUACAUGACGUAAUUAACGCGAGGGAGUUUUUCUUACAUCGAUAUACGCUGGAUUGCGAUACUGUAAAUAAAUUGCCUAAAAUAGAUUUCAUGUUGGGUGGGAAAAAUUUCACACUUUCAGGACCAGACUACACCGUUAAAAUGUCUUAUCAUUCUAUAACUAUUUGCUUAUCAGCUUUUAUUCCUGCAAACACAAUUCAAGAGCAAGAUCGCUGGAUUCUCGGGGGAGCAUUUUUGGCCGAAUUUUAUACAGUUUAUGACGUACAAGCUAGAACUAUUGGUUUUGUUAAAACUAAUUAGUUUUUCUUAUGGAUGGAUUCGUGUUUUUUAUAAUUAUUAGGAUAGGCUUAUGCAUUAUGCUCUCUACUGUUUUUUAAUUAGCCCUAUGUAACAAACUGUAUCUUAUGUUUUGCAUUUUGUGUAUUUAAAAUAAAUGAUUAAUGCCC